GGCGGUCACCCGCCCACCAUCUGGAAGUUUGCCUACAACGUAACAUUGGCCGGUCCGUUGUGACAAUAGAAGCUAAAUUUGGCCGCCCCGAGUCUUUGCUUUGCCUCAGUUAGGCACAGCCAUGCCGUGUCCAUCUUGGACUAUCCCGUUAAUAGAGAACGCCGUCCAUGGCCACACCGGAAAGUACCCCAAUCAUGCCUAUGGACUAUAUCCUUACACUGCGGAAUGCUAAUGCAGGUCGUGUUAAACCGUCUGGGCUUUAGAACAUAUAAGGCUGAUCGACACACUACCCCGUAUACAUGACCUCGAACCACGAGUCAACUCCACAUCCUUGGGAAUCAGUCGAUCAUGAGACCGAAAAUGCAGGACCAACAGCCUUCAGUGGCACCUUACAAAGGCUCAUUCCAUUUCGUCGUUAAGAAUGCCUCUAAUCUCAACGUCCGGAACGCUGAAGAGGCGUUUUCAAUCAGCUCACAUGUGACCAACAAGUACUAUCGAUGGGCAAAGCGAAACAAAAGCAGUACACCGCCGAGGUCGUUCACAGAUAGUCAUGGCGACAGUCCAUCUGUUGGUGGUAGCAGCAACAGCAACAGCCCUGAAGGUUCAGCAUCAAUGUCAAGAGAGAAAUCCUCUUCUACGUCUAGUACAAAAUCCCAUGCAAAGAGAGCGCCAGCAAUGCAAACCAUGUGUUGGCAACUAGGUUCGGGACCCAUCAAGGCUCGUCAGCAAUGCAACAUGGGAAGCUUGAGCAGCUCGCCAGAGCCAACGAGCAAGGACGACUUGACGGUACCUCCCGAGGAAGAAAACGACAGCGACGAGUACGAGGACGAAUUUCGAUACCAGCUCAUACAAUGCCAUCUCGACCCAGCCAAGCCGUCAGCGUACAUCAAGCCAUGCGGACUGCUACAACGACUCGCCUACCAUGGCCUCCAGGAUAUAUUUAUGAGUACAGCAUAUACACCAUCACGAAGCGCACUGAAGCUACAACUAACGACUCAGCGGGUACAGCAGCACAUCAAAGACUUCUCUGGAGACGAUAAAUGCAUGCACGGCUGGUAUGCAGCUGUGAUAACCAUGAGAGCGCAUUUCGUGGAUCCCAGAGACUAUACGCGACUGUGGCCCAUGGCUCUCAUGCACCAGAACCGGAGUCUGACGUUACUUCGAGAGGACUUACUGUCUAGUCGAGGCCCCUCAGAAGCUGUGCUCAUGUGUAUCUGGGCCAUCUGCUGCGUCGGCUUCUUUUCAGGCGAAAUGGCCCAGAACUUGCAACACGGCGUCGCGGUGCGAAUGUUUGUCGAUGACUUGGGCGGUCUUUCCAAACUCAGCCAUCUGGCCCGCACCUAUAUCAUCAGUGGCGACUACAUCAACGCCAAAUUCACCCUGACUCGCCCUUAUUACCAUCAUUCCUUAUUCGACCCCGGCGAUUUCAGGUCCCAACCGGGGUUUGCGCAGUGGAUACCUCAUGUCCAUGAUUUCGAUCUCCAUUUCCAGCGAUGGGACGAAGCAUUUCUCAUUGCCAACGACGACCUCUCGGACCAACUCUCGCAUUACAUCAACAUGCACCGUGAAUACUUGGCCGCUGCAACAUUCGCGGAGAAAUUAUAUGAAGAAACCCAGGAAGAAUCUGCCGACGAAAUCCUGGAAUGGCUACACAAGCGACAUGCAGCGCUGUGUUCGUGGUCCAUGUCAUUGUAUUGCGAUCUAACCGAGUCCAUCGGACCCGAGACACGGAUUUCACGGACUGUACGCAGACAAUUACAAGCAUGUAUCACGCUGGCCGUGGCAUGUAGUCAUUGUUUCAUCAUGGGAUUCAACGGCACGCGAGCCAAGUGGUUGUUGUUCAUCCCAGUGCAACAUUUACAGCCACAAAUAGAGAUUCUGCUCGACCAUAUGUCCAAGCGAGGAUUGAAUCCGACGUUUCCUUCCAAACCUCACGGCAUUUCGCACCAUGAAUCACUUCUCUGGUUGUUCUUCAUCGGAGCCUGCGCGGAACAAGUCUCGGACGAGGCUGGCAAACGUCCUGUAUCAGACCCCGUGUGGCAUUCUACCCGGUUUGUCGACAUGACUCAGCUGCUGGGGCUCAGGACUUGGAGAGAAGCUCAAAAGAUCCUUAAGCGUUUCCUCUACCAGGAAUCCGUCAUGGAUCGUUUUGUUGAAGGUCUUUUCGAACAGAAGGCAGACUUGUUGAGGUUUGGAAGCCCACUCAGGGAUCCAUAGGCUUGAAAUGUAGCUAGUCUAUAAUUUGAACGACUUGCGAUCGUGUACAUAAUCACAUUCAACCGUAUAGAGCCUUGAC